CCCUCGCAGCUUGCCAUUGUGACGUCACACCCAAACAAGAAAUAGUUUGCUGGUGAUUAUUACAGCCGGGUGGUUCAAACUAAGUGGAUUUUCUCUUCAUAGCUUAUUUUCAUCAUAAUGUCUCAAGAUCCAUGGUUACAGAAUUACGAUGCCAAUUGUCGCUUGGCACAGGAAAUAGCAGAAAACAUUCAUGAACGGAACAGGCAGCAGAGAACAGGGGGGAACCCUGCUAAGAUCAACAUGACACUACGGGCAUCAAUGCAGAAGCUCAAACAGAAUAUUGCCCAGCUUAAAGAAGGUUUGUUGCGGGCCUCAUCAAGUCGGCGCUUAAUGCAAUCGGAAGCUGAUAGGAGGCAGAAUCUUAUCGAUGACCUGCUAACCAGAGAGAAGCAGCUCAAUGCCACCUUCAAGGGAGACAUCGCAGAGCCUGAACCUUCCAGGUCGACGUUGAUGGGAGCAGGGGCAGGAACUAGUGGAGGUGUUGUCGCCAACCCCUGGCUGAUCAACGAAUCAGAGGAGACCUCAGGGCUGACCUUCGGAGAGAUCAAACAGCAGCAACAACGAGUCAUCGAAGCUCAGGAUGCAGGCUUGGAUGCACUAGCGGCUGUCAUCAGCAGACAGAAGAUAAUGGGCAAGGAGAUUGGCAAUGAACUGGAGGAACAGAAUGAAAUCAUUGACGACCUCGCACAUCUUGUGGACAAGACAGACGACAGGAUUCGUAACGAGACACGAAGGGUGAAGCUGGUGGAGACCAAGUCGGCCUCCUGCGGGAUGCUGGUGGUGAUCGUACUGCUUCUUAUUGCAAUCAUAGUUGUCGCCGUAUGGCCUGUGUAGCAGAUGAGGACGGCAGUGUUCAUGGACCUGUGCUAAACGACUACUGCUAUGACACUUUGGUGCAGAACACCAGCUUGAAACCUUUGCACCUGCAGUACACACAUGUACAGUUAAUUAAACACUUUCUCACACAGAUUUUAUUUUGUUAUUCUUCAUCUUCAUAUUGAGACAAAGGUCAUUUGUUGCUGCCCAACCAAGCCAAUGUGAAAUAAAGACUUAAGUCCUGUAGCAGCACACUUGCAUGUUUCUAUACAGUAAAUUGUUGGUUGGGUGAAUGACAUUAGCAUCCCAGCAGAAUUUUUUUUUCUAUAGAAUAUGUAAAUUGUCCUCUGUACCAGUUGUUCAAGUGGAUAUUAAAGUGACAAUGUAUUAAAGAGUUAAAUUAUUUGGAGGUUUGUAAGCCCUUAAAAAAUAAAUAAUUGUAGCUUGGACUGUGGCAAAUGUUGACCCAACAGCAGGACCUCCCGCUGGUAACAGGAGCUUUCCUGUCAUAAGUCUGUCUGUGGUCUGGGCUGAGACUCACACUGGGCAAUGUAAUUCCGCAAGCUUUGCAAUAUUCACACUCCUUUAUAUUUACCCAUUCGUUACUGUAGCAGCUGUAAUGUUAUCAUUUGUCUUGGGAUUUUUUAAACAUUUAUAGAAUAGCACUCAGCCAAAACAAACAGCUUGGCUUUGUAACUAACAUGGCUGCUCUCCUUCCUUGUAAAUCAAUUCCGCUUGUAAUUUCUAAUAAAUGACAUUUCCAGUUAAUAGUC